UGCCGUGGGCGACGGAGGGGCGGAGGCAGCAUCUCCUCAGCCGCGGAGGUGACGGGCGCAGCGGCGGCGGCGGCGGGGAAGGGAUGCUGGCGGCGGGGCGGAAGGGUUUUCCCGGCCGAGGCCCGCGGCUCCUGGGAAGGACUUGCUGAGUGAGCCACCCGAGGCUGCCUACAGUGGAGGCUGGAUGGAAAAGUUGCAGAAGCCGUUGAAGUCCCCGAGGAGCAUCGUCCUCUCGGCUCGGGGAUCAGGGCCCCCCGGAUCUACCUCCAGCAUCACGGCCAAGAUGGACGAUGAGGUCCUGGGCUAUAAGGACUUGGCGGCCAUCCCCAGGGACAAGGCCAUCCUGGACAUUGAGCGCCCUGACCUGAUGAUCUACGAGCCCCACUUCACCUACUCCCUCCUUGACCACGUGGAACGGCCAGGCAGCCGAGAGCCUUCACUCUCGCCCACGUCUCUCUCUCCUCCCCCAUCGCCAGAAGUCAGCCACGAGUGGGCAGAGGCCAAAUCCCCAGGGAGCGUUGGCAAGGCCUCUGGGCGCCGGGCCGGCAGCAGAAACCACUCUGGACUCCUCCAGCACUUCCAUCAUCCUGACACCAACACGGCAGAGAUGAACAUCUACAAGAAGCCGCCCAUCUACAAGCAGAGGGAGGCUGCGCUGGCUCCGACUCCCGAGACCAAAAGGCUGAUUGAGGGCCUGAUCAUUGAAUCCUCCAAAUUCCCCGCUGCUCAGCCGCCCGAUCCCAGCCAGCCUGCCAAGAUUGAGACGGACUACUGGCCCUGCCCGCCCUCCCUGGCGGUUGUCGAGACUGAGUGGCGGAGGCAAAAGGCGUCCAAGAGAGGGGAGGAGGUGGAUGAGGACACAGAAGAGCAAAAUCUCCUGGAGCUGCAGGAACAAGAGCUGAGCAAGGUGGCCUCCAAUCUGGGCAGACUCAUCCUGAAGGAGGAGAUGGAGAAAUCUCUGCCAAUCCGCAGGAAGACCCGCUCUCUUCCAGACCGAACUCCCUUCCACACCUCUUCGCACGGAGGAAGCUCAAAAUCAGCAGCCCCUCAUGCCUCUGGGAGACACACGCUUGCCAGGCUGCAGUCGACCGAGUUUGGAACCGGCAGCAGUGAAAAAGUUGGUCCAGGUCUGCAGAAUGGCCAGAAAAGCCGCAUGGACAGAGGCAGCUCCCUCCCCAGCAUGCUGGAGCAAAAGAUUUAUCCAUAUGAGAUGCUGCUGGUGACCAACCGAGGGCGGGUCAAACUGCCCCCAGGAGUGGACCGGACGCGGCUUGAGCGGCACCUGUCGCCCGAGGACUUCCAAAGGGUCUUUGAAAUGCUCCCGGAGGAGUUCUCCCGCCUGGCCCUGUGGAAGCGGAACGAGCUGAAGAGGAAGGCCUGUCUCUUCUGAGCCCCUCGCAGCCGCCUGCCCAGCGUGAGCAAGUGCCGCGUGUGUCCUGCAUCACAGAGGCUUUAGGGCGCCUCUUCAGCAGGUGCCAAGGAACACUCCUCCCCCCCAUCCCAGCCAUGAGGAAGCCGGCCGGCCCCAGGCGGGCAGGGGAGAAGGAGCCGCCCGGGAGUGUGGAGCCGCCCCCCCGCCCCUCUCUGAGCAUGAGCCAGAACUGGAGCAGCUGGGUGGGGAAGGAGGGGACGCUCCUUUGCUUCCCUGGCACCCGAGAGGCCCCUCCUCAGCCGCCAUCCAGGAGGAGUGAUGGUGUUGGGGCCUUGGUUGUCCCCAUGGCCAAAUGGCCUUGCCGCCUCUUCAGCAAGCUUUGUGGAGCAGGCACCUCAAAACAGAGGCACCUCGAAAGGGCCAGUCCCUUCCCCCAGCUGCCUUCGUUCUCCCCCUUGGCAGUUGGGACCUUUGAUUGCCCAGGCUUGCCCCCCUGGAGCGUUAGGCCUUCUUUGUGCACGUUUAGUCAUUCCAGAGCGACUGGUCUGUGGCUGAACUUCCCUCACAGCUGAGCCGAGAGUGUGCAGAGACCCCGUUGCCUCCAUCGCCCGCAAGCAAGCAUUCAAUUGAGUAGAGAUGGACACGGACGGAACUGCUGCUCUAAGCAGCAAGAGCCUGGCGGCAGGGGCACCUGGAGGAGAACCGCCCCGAUUGCUGCUGGCUGCAGGGAGAGCAGUGAUGGGGGAUCAGGAGGCGCCUCUUUGUUCCAAUUAUGCUGACAGGCACAAGGCCAAAGUCGUCCUCCUCACUGCAGGCCUUGGGGUGGGUGUGGAAUCUCCAGCUCACCCGUGAAAAGGAAAACCCCAUAGAAAAAUCAGGCAAGAGAAGCGACCUGCCCAAAGUUCACUUGCAAAUAGGAGCUCUGAGGGACUGAGACUGGUGGGGGCAUCUCCACCCAUCCUGGCAAGCGCCCUCCACAGGAUGCCAUGCUCAGCAGAAGGGAGGCUGCCGCCUGGUGGGCUCUUGAGGGACCUGGCACUUUAGGACGGGCGUGAAGGAAGUGGCAGCUUCUCUCGCAUUUCAACUCCCCCGAAAUGGUGAAUCCCAAGGGUCCCACCUGAAAUCUGGCUGCCUGGGAACAAAGCAGCUGUGCCACGGGUUGCUAGGAACUGCCUGCAGAGACUGGAACUCAGCUCACCCACUCCCCCCCCGGCCCGUCACUCCACUCCGUGCAAAUGUAGAGCGCUAUUGAUGUAAAUGUUCUUCAAAUGGGCCUCUGACUGUAGUUCAGUCCCACCCACCUACUUUUGCUGAUGUUAAACUCUGUGACCGUUUCCCCCUUUUUAAUUAAACGUGAAGCAGCUUCAUUCAAAAAGCUUUGUUUCGGGCUGGUGUUUCCUCGGAAGCCAGGUUGGUAGGUGGCUCCAUUCACUUGGGGGAUAGGAUUCUAAAAGAGGGGUCCCCAAUCCCCGGCCCAUCUCUGGGCCUCGGGCUGUUCAGAAACAGGUUUUGGAAGUGGUGGCCAAGGCUGCACCCCUCCACCGGUCGCAAAGCCGAAACAGUUGGAGAACUCUCUUCUCAUGCCUUCCAGCUAAUUGAGCUGUUUCUGAGAUUGCAUUUCCCGCAAGUCAAUGCAGGAGCCCUUCUCACCGUCAGCAGCUCUGCUCUGGCGCUCCCUCUUAAGCCGACCUGGCAGAGCGGAGACUCCUGUCUGCCAGAGAGGAAGGCCUUGUGUCCUGGACAAGCAGGCAGGUGACCCUGGGAAAGGGAAUCUGGGUCUGCAGGGCCUUCUGAGGGAAAUGAAACCCCCCCCCCCGAGGGGGAGCGGGGGGGCUAAGAACAAAAGACACGGACAAAAGCUAUAUUGGGGAACUUCAUGUUUUCAGCUAUAGGAAGCUCCAGAUGCUAUUUUAUUCACUGUGCUAUUUUGCCACAGUUUCCUUCUUUGCCUUAGUGCAGGGAUGUUCAAACUUGGGAACUUGAAGACUUGUGGAAUCCACAAGUCUUCAAGUUCCCAAGUUUGGACAUUGCUGCCUUAGUGGGAUUCUGCUCAGAAGAAUCUUGAUUGAACGUUUUCCUUUUUGUUGGCUUCUUCUCCCACCUGAAGACCUGCCACCUUUGGUAAAGACGUCACCUAUUUACAGCUGGCGGCUUAACAUCGUCCUCCUGUGGCCAACUUCGUUCUUC